UCACAUGUGUAUGAAUUUGCUAACAGGGCUUUAUGGUCUUCCGACUGCUUGUGAACUAUAAGGGAAAGCACUACUACGAGGCUCCUGCCUUAUGGUCACUGUGGAAGUGAGGCCUGGAAUUGACCCGUUGCGACUUCCUUCCGCGCCACUCUUACACAGGACCAUGGCAUCUGCCCCAGUCCUGAAUCAACUCUUGAAGACUUACAAUUUCUACGGAAAGCCCACUUCAGCAAGCAGCACUGCAUUUCGGAAACACAAGAUGCCACCACGCGCCAAGAAGACCCAGCAGUCUGCUGACUACGACUCGGACAUUGACGGGAUCUUCCAGGCUCAACAGCGAAUCCGUGAGUUGAAGAAGGAAAAGAACGACGAAAUACAGAAAGUCGUGGGCGAGACAGAGGCGCAGCUCGAGAAGCUCCAGAAGCGAAUCCACACAACGAUUGAUAAGAAACACAAGCAAAGCGCAAAGAACCAUGCCGCAGACGUUGCUAAGCUUGCGGAAAGUGUCGAGAGGAGAGCCGAGAUUGAGCGAGACAUAAUCAGCUUGACGAAAGCCAUGUCGUCCAAGAUGCACGAGCUUGAGACCAUGAUGCUUGAAGCAUAUGACCACAGGGUCAAGUCUGCCCAGGAAUGCAUUGGUCAUGAUUGAAUAGGGUGUGGCCAGACGGUGGUUGUUCAGAGUAAAUCGUAGCGCUAUUCUGCGCUAGCAACAGGGCGUCGUGAGAAAUCCCAGCGUCUAUUG